AUGGGUAUUAUUGAAAACUGUUCCACUGAUGAGGUCAAAUUAAUACCUGUGGUCUAUGCUGAUGAUACUCUGGUGAUACUGGCUGGUGAAGAUGUUCAAGCUGUGGUUGAUGCUGUGGGCAGGCUCCUGGACAAUCUGGCUCAACAUCUUCCUGCCCUUGGUCUUAACAUUAGUGAGGAGAAGAGUGUUCUCUUGGGUGAUAAAACCUUCGUAGAACGGUAUGAUCAUAUCCGGGGUAUAAAAGUCAGGCCGGCUAUUGGCUACCUGGGUAUGAGAUUAACCCUUGGUGGCUCUUGGUUGCCUCACUUCGAGGAGGCAGUGGCUCGAGCUAGAAGAGAGAUUGAGAUGUGCCGACGUCUUGUAGGGAAAGAGGGUUGUUCAACACUCAGUCCUAGAGGACCGUCCUCUGAGGACGGGAG